AUGCCUCCGCUACCGGGCGAGGAGCGUCUUUUGACUGUUUUUGCGGACAUUCAUUACUAUUUCGCAGCGCCAACUCUAAAGCCUCUCCAUCACCGCUUUGAUAAAGGUUCCUACUUGUAUAUCUACCAGGAUGCCUCUCAAAACAAGGCGCGAGUCGAAAUCGCCAAUAACCCAGGAACACCAGAGCAAGAUGCAUUCCAUGGCGCCUUGCACAAUGUACAUAUCCGACACUCGACUCAUUUCCCGACCUUAUGCACCUUAACUGUUGAUGGAGUUAGCAACGCCCCUCAACCACAGCAUGCAUCUCAGUACGAAUGGCGACUGCCAAGCGGAGACCCCCGCAACGAACGGCAUAGCCUCCUGCGUCUUCACACACUCGAUAUUUAUUUCUGGACAUUGGACGAUGCCAAUCAGUUCUUAGAUACAGCCGGUCAUGUACUUGAAGCUUCGCAGGUCAAGUCGGACCGUACCAACACUAUCCCACAGCCAGAACAGCCGAUGAGUUCCGUGGUACAGCAACUUGAGAACAUAGCUGUCUCAGAUCCGGCAUAUCAGAACGGACAGACUCGCAACUCUCGAUCUGAUUCCGCGCCUACAUCAGCACCAGCUUCGCAGGGUACCCACCAGCCUAUGAGCUUCCCACCCCCUCCUCCUAGCGGCCCACCGGCCGACCAACAAGCAAAUAUUGAACAGAAUCCCGAGAACAAGAAAGAGCCAGAGAAUUUUGCACCUCUUCCAUACAACCCUGCCGCCCCAGCAGCACCAGAGCCAAUCAAGCACCGCGAGAAGACCCCGCCACCAGAAGAUGGAACCGAAGGCACUGGUUUAAUGGCAGCCGUCGCCGCAGACCAUGGCAUCCCCUAUACACCCUCACAGAAAGUCGGAGGGGUACCAUCAUUCGGGCCCCCACCGACCUCAACGCCCGGAGCACCAUACCCAGGUGCAUCAGCUAUGGCUCCAACAGGCUAUAGUUCCCCUCCACCGAGCGCCGGCCUCCCAAGAUCAGCCACAUUCCCCCUCCAACAAACCCUUCCAAGCCCCGGCCUUCCAUCCUACAAUCAAGCCUAUAGAACUGGCCAAGCGUGGCCCGGCUCGCCGCCCGAAGAUCCAAAUGCUCAUCUAUUUGCACAGCAAGCGUACGGAUCUCCGCAGUCACCUCCUCAGCAACUCCCCAUUGGCGGGUACUCGAAUUACUCGUAUAACCAGUCGGUGACGGGUCAUACACCUGGUUCGUCUGAAUAUGAUAUCCAUAGUCAGGUGUACAGACCAACUGAGGCCGAAGCGGGUUCGCAUGGCCAGAAAUAUGCGGCACGAGCUAUGAAAGCUCCCGGGCAGCGACCAAGAAAGUUAGAGGAUAAUGCGGCAAAGUUGGAAAGUGGAAUGAACAGGUUUUUGAAGAAGCUAGAGAAAAAGCUGUGA